UUGGCGCCCGCGCCUCCCGGCAGCCCCUGCGACAGGCGUGGUGCGUCGGAGCUGGUCGGCGGCGGCCGUUCUCCGCAAGAUGGCGGAUCGGCGGCGGCAGCGCGCUUCCCAGGACACGGAGGACGAGGAGUCUGGAGCUUCGGGCUCGGACAGCGGCGGCUCCUUGGCGCGGGGAGGCGGGAGCUGCAGCGGGAGCGGCGGCGGCGGCAGCGGCUCCCUGCCCUCGCAGCGCGGCGGCCGCUCCGGAGCCCUUCAUUUGCGGCGGAUGGAGAGCGGGGGGGCCAAGAGCGCCGAGGAGUCGGAGUGUGAGAGCGAAGAUGGCAUGGAAGGCGAUGCCGUUCUCUCGGAUUAUGAAAGUGCAGAAGAUUCAGAAGGUGAAGAAGGGGAAUACAGUGAAGAGGAGAGCUCCAAGGUGGAGUUGAAAUCAGAAGCUGAUGAUGCUGCCAACUCACCAGCUAAAGAAGAGAAGGGAGAGGAAAAGGCUGACAGCAAGGGCACCGUGACCGGAGAGCGGCAGAGCGGCGACGGACAGGAGAGCACGGAGCCUGUGGAGAACAAAGUGGGGAAGAAGGGCCCCAAGCACCUGGACGACGAUGAGGACCGGAAGAACCCCGCGUACAUCCCCCGGAAGGGGCUCUUCUUCGAACACGACCUCCGCGGGCAAACUCAGGAGGAGGAAAUCAGGCCCAAGGGGCGUCAGCGAAAGCUGUGGAAAGAUGAGGGUCGCUGGGAGCAUGACAAGUUCCGGGAAGAUGAGCAGGCCCCCAAGUCCCGGCAGGAGCUCAUCGCUCUGUAUGGCUAUGACAUCCGCUCAGCUCACAGUCCUGACGACAUCAAACCCCGAAGAAUCCGGAAACCCCGGUACGGGAAUUCUCCACAGAGAGAUCCAAACUGGGUUGGUGAGCGAUCAGUCAAGUCCCAUCGUCACCAGGGUCCCGGGGGCACCCUACCACCAAGGACAUUUAUUAACAGGAACGCGGCAGGCACUGGCCGUAUGUCUACACCCAGGAAUUACCCCCGAUCUGGAGGCUUCAAGGAAGGCCGAGCUGGGUUUCGGCCUGUGGAGGCUGGAGGGCCACAUGGCGGCCGUUCUGCUGAGACUGUGCGGCAUGAGCCUGGCUACCGCUCUCGGCGCCUAGAGCAGGCGCCUGCACGGGCCCCGUCGCCAGAAGCAGACGCUGCGGUGCUUGGCAGUCCCGAGAAGGAAGAGGCGGCUUCGGAGACACCAGCUGCUGCCCCUGAUGCUGCCCCACCAGCCCCUGACCGGCCUGUUGAGAAGAAAUCCUAUUCCCGUGCCCGAAGAACCCGAACCAAGGCUGGAGAUGCGGUCAAGGCUGUGGAGGAGAUGCCCCCGCUGCCUGAAGGCCUGACGUCGGCCCCUCCAGUCCCGGAAGCUGCCGCUCCUCCGUCGGGGAAGGCUGGAAGCUGGGAGUCUCCUGUGGACUCGGCCACAGGCGGACUGGAGCAGGAUGUGGCACAGCUGAAUCUUGGGGAUCAGAGCUGGAGUCCAGGACAGCCCCCCUUCCUGCAGCCCCGGGAGCUUCGGGGUGUGCCCAACCACAUCCACAUGGGGGCAGGACCUCCACCUCAGUUUAACCGCAUGGAAGAAAUGGGCGUCCAGGGUGGUCGAGCCAAACGCUACUCAUCCCAGCGGCAGAGACCUGUGCCCGAGCCUCCUGCCCCUCCGGUGCACAUCAGUAUCGUGGAGGGACAUUACUACGACCCGCUGCAGUUCCAGGGACCAAUCUAUACCCAUGGCGACAGCCCUGCCCCGCUGCCUCCACAGGGCAUGCUUGUACAGCCGGAAAUGCACCUUCCACACCCAGGUUUACAUCCCCACCAGACACCGGCACCUCUGCCCAACCCAGGCCUCUAUCCCCCACCAGUGUCCAUGUCUCCAGGACAGCCUCCUCCCCAGCAGCUGCUUGCUCCAACUUACUUUUCCGCUCCCGGCGUGAUGAACUUCGGUAACCCCAGCUAUCCUUACGCUCCAGGAGCCCUGCCUCCCCCACCGCCGCCUCAUCUGUACCCUAACACACAGGCCCCGUCACAGGUGUACGGCGGAGUGACCUACUAUAACCCCGCCCAGCAGCAGGUGCAGCCGAAGCCCUCCCCACCCCGGAGGACGCCGCAGCCAGUCUCCAUCAAGCCCCCUCCGCCGGAGGUGGUGAGCAGGGGCUCCAGUUAAUGUGACGUUCUGAAUAUUUCUGGCCCAACAUCUUAAAAACAGGCGUGAUCUCAGGAGAGGAGAGCUCCAGCGGCUGUUACCACCCCACGGAAGCGCUGGCGAGGCGCGGCCGGGCCCGCCGCGGGCAGCGGAGGAGCUUCCUCCAGACAGGCUCAGCAAGGGAGCCAAACGCGCGGUCCACCCAGCUGCGUGUCCCCCGGAGCCUGCCUUGCUGCGCUUCACCUUCUCCCAGGACAUUCGAGGGUCUCUGGCUCACAGGGAUGUCCCUUCCUGGGGUGGUUUCGUUUUCUAAAAUGUUCAUGUUUUAAAAGCCUGGCUUGCUGUUCUUAAGUUAAAGUCUGUCUCCAUGAAAUGAGUGUGUUUUUCUGGCUUGCUAACCCUCGGGUCCCCUUGGCCUCUCCCUGGACCGCCGCUGGCUGAGAGGGUGUCCACACAGUGUGAGGGGUGCACUGCACUGUCUGCGGCCCUGCACGCUCUCUACUCGGAUCCUCCUGGCUCCUCUACCCCGAGGAGAAAGACCUGUCCGCAGUGUCCCCCUGCAGAGGAGGGGUCGUCAGUGCCUGGCUGUGGGGACCUCGGCCUCUUCGAGUGUAGAGCUGCUGGGGCGGGGGGCAGCAGCGAGCGGGGGGCAGCAGCGAGCGGGGUAAGUGGGGCUGGGGGCCUGCUUCUCCCCUCCCCCGCACCCACCCCCAGUCGCUGUGGACCAGUGCAUCUCUAGCAGCAAGGGCUGUCUGGCAAGCACUGCCUUGUUGGGGCAGCUGCUCCUCUCCGGGCCGUUCCUGCUGUGAGUGUCUGCGAUGACCCCACCUCCCUUCCCCUCAGUCUCUCGUCCUUGUGGGCAGAAGGCACUGUGCCUGGGCUUCCGGCCCGCGGCAGCCAGUCGUCCAGUGAGCGGGGCUCUCCCUGCUCUCCUCCCUGUCGCAGCCCUAAACGGCCCCCUGCUUCCUCUGCAGAAGAGUUCCCUGUCACUGCAGAGCCCACGUCUAUCCGGAGGCCUGGCCCUGCCUGUCCUUCAGAACCUGAGGGAGAGGGCAGCUGUAAUGUCACCAUUGCAGCUCCCUCCACUGGCAGCUGGCCUGACUGCUCUGAGUCGCUGUGCAGGGGAGAGGGGGAGACCUGGGCUGUGACCCCAGGAGGAAGGCAUGAGGGCUUCCCGGGGUGGCUGGUGCUCGUGCCUUUGUCAGCUUCCCUUUGCCUUAAACCUGAAGACGUCUCUGCAAGCCUGUGGGCGCUGCCCCGACUCCCAGACCUGAAGACACUGUGACAGUUGUCUCUGUCGUCCACUGUGUUUAGUUGCAAAGUGUGUUGUUUUUUAUUACUAAAGAGUGAACCUUUGUGAUCAGCAUUGUGACCUGAACAUAAUAAAAUUUAGACUAUAAACAG